GCCAGCAUUUUGAGCACAAGCCCUUCCAGGCUGUGUUGCCAUAAAAACCACAGCCUUUCUUGCACAGCAGUUCAGACUGGUCCAGAUGGAUGCCACGGCGCUCCAACCGGUGGCUCAUCGUCCCUCUCUCAAGGGAGCGAGAGCGACAUGAGAAAGAGCGGGAUGAAUGGGAACGACAGUAUGGACGGCAGAGCCACUCACCCUCCUCAUCCAAAUAUGCUCAGCGGCUUUUCAAUGUCAGGCGUCAGUUUGUGGAUGGUGUGACAGCCCCAGUUAUAAAGGAUCUCCUGAAUGACCUUUUAGCCGAUGGAGUCUUGAAUGAAAGAGAGCGAGACUCUGUGUUGGAGGAGAGGCGUGCCAGAGCAGACCAGGCAGAAUGUCUGAUAGACAUGGUGAGGAAGAAAGGAGACGAAGCCAGUCAAAAGCUGAUCGAUCACCUGAAGACCAGAGACUCUAAACUUCACCCUGUUCUGUUUCCAUCCGCUGACCAAGAGGCUGCUGCUGCAGAGCUCCAGUUCCCGAACCUCAAAUGAGCAGAAUCGUCUUCAUUAAAUUACAUGGAAAUAGAGAACCUGAAGAAGUAUGGAGGUCCCCCCUAAUCAAACGAUUCUAAAAGUCAAAAUACAUAACAGAUUCCUGAUAUCUGAAUUAAUCGGGAGGUCUCCUUACCUCCUAACCCAAUCCCUGGAAGAAGAGAUUAAAUUGAAAUAUAUCUGCUGGUUUGUACAUAAAAAAAAAAAAAUUUGACUUGGCCUGUGAGACAACCUUAAUGAAAUAAGAGACACAAUGGCAACAUGUACAAUUGUAUAAGAGACACACUGACAAUAUGUAUAAUUGUGUAAUACUUUAUCAGCAUUUUGAUGAUUCUUGUGAACACUGCCUGGAAGCUAGAUACAGUGCCCAUCGGUAAUCACUGGCCCCGUGGAAAAGAUGAGCCAUGAAGCUGCAGAGAAGUUUUCAAAUUAAAUGACCUUUUUAUAAUUUGUAUUAUUAUUAUUAUUUGCACAAUUUCACCACUAUUCCUAGCCUUAUUAAUUGGGGUCCAGUGCAUGAAAGUCUAUCCCAUGGCUCAGACAAGCUCUGAAUGUCAUGUGAUGUAACUAUGAUCGCAGAAUUAUCCUGGUAUAGCUGUACACCAUACUGAAGCUCACUGAACUGCUAACUCAGAUUGAUAAAAUAAGCUAUCCUUGUGUCUUAUGUUUAUUGAUGUGAUUUGUUUUCUGAACGUCUGAGCCAGAGCUGACAGCCUUCCCAUUUGCCUGCUGUUGCUCAGAUCGCUGUUAUUUGUUAUUUGGUAAUGUUCCACUUAUUGCGCCUUUUGGCAAAAUGCAGGCUUCAGGUACCAUCAAACAGUUUACAGAUUUAUUUGUUGAAGGGUCACUCUGAACUGUGAUGUUUUGUACUGUACAUUCAAACAAUUAACAUAUUUUGUCAAAAAUGUUUACAGCUGUUGGUGUCCUUAUCAAAAACUAAUUCACUUACAGAAUUGUACAUUUUAAGUUCCUGUAUGUAACUUGUGUAUCUGCCAAUGUCAAAUAAGGUUGAACUAGCAUUGAAGGCCAAAAUUUAAAGUCAAAAUGAACGUGAUAUCUUUGACAGAAUUUCCCAGAUAAACAUGAUACCAAGGUAAUGUUAACAAUGUUUAAAAAAAAAACAAACAAAAAAAAACAAAAAAAA